CUGACCAACCGUUUUGAUGUAAAAUGCGUCGACCACCUUCCAAAGAAUCGCCUGUUGAAUCUGAAGACUCUCGGACAAAUUCCUUGCGAAAACCUCUGUACCUGCUUACUAUUGCAGGAUGAUCAUAUCAUAAACUGCACUUGAGAACUGCCGAGCACACGAGACGAGAGGAUGCUCAUUUAUACUAAGCGUGCUGCUCCCAAAGCACCCAAGCGGAGGUCAAGAGCUGGUUGCAUACAUUGCAAAGAAAAGAAGAAGAAAUGCAACGAGAAACGACCCCAAUGCGAUCGCUGCGAGGAACGAAAUCUGCAAUGCGAAUAUGAGCCAGUGAAACCUCGAAAACGAAGACGGACAUCCUUCGCUGGCUCGGCGCUGUCGCACGAAAAUGAAUCUCCCACUUUCUGCAACGACCGUUGGCCGGGACGAUUCGAUUAUUUUGAUGCUUCGAGCGUGGAUGGAGGACACAAAUGGGAGUCGCAAUCAUAUCAGUACCCAGAGUCGGAAGGCUCACUCGAUUGGGACGGUCCGUACGAGAACGGCAAUGAUGUAGAGGAAGUCAUACGGACAGAGCAUAUGGCAGAACCUUCUACAGCUGUAGCACGCUCAAGAAGCCAAUACCCAGAUCUUGCAAUGAUUGCACCUUCUCCUGUUGUAUCACCACUGGUGGAGUUCUGCUCGCCCGUCUUCCAAGAAUUCACAGAGAAGAGGAAUCGACGAGCAUUGGUCGACCAUUUUUGUAAUGUUCUGUCGCAUCUUAUAGUCUUCAAAGAGGACACGGGAAAUCCAUUCCGACAGCUAGUAUUGCCAUUGUCGCAUGCUAGCUCACCAGUCAUGAAUGCUAUCUUCGCUCUCUCGAGUGCACAUCUGGAAUAUCGAGGCAUCGAGAACGAGGAAAAGUCUCUGGACUUUCACAACAAAGCCCUACAGGGUCUAGCAAGGCUCAUUGAACAGAACGAGGAAUCCAAUCGAGAAGAGGUCUUGGGAGCAAUCAUGCUGCUCGUGUAUUAUGAAGUGCUCGUUCAGAAAGGAAGCUCAAAUAUCGUCAAUGGGCAUCUGAAAGGUGCCAUGACGAUCAUGAAGUCCGGUCGUCAGAUUACAACGCCUACCACCGUAUUUUUAGAACGGGUUUUUCGAUUCUAUGAUGUGAUUGCUGCACUUUCAUUGGGGACACCGCCAAAUAAAAGCACACAACCAAGCUCGACGCCAUUUCCGGUUCCUCCUGUUGAGGGAUUACCCACCGAAAGCUCUCCGCUCAACGCUGUAGAUACUCUGCUGGGAUUUUCAACGGAUUUAUGGCCCAUCAUCCAUCGUCUAUCACAUUUACUAUCACACAAACAGUCUCUCGAGGCAGCAAUAGCAAGUGGCGAAACGAGCAAAGCAACAGUUCUCCGAACAGAGCUCGAGAGCACAUCCCAGGCCAUCGAACUAGCUUUGACCAACUGGAAGCCAAUAUGCAUUCCUGUAUCGACCAAGGAGAGCGAAUCCGCGUUACCACAAAGUACACGCAUCCAAAGUAUUCUCAACAAUGCAGAGGCGUACCGGCAUUCAGCAUUCGUCUAUCUAUAUCGCACGAUCCGGUCGCAUCCUAGAACACACAGCCAGGUGCAAAAACACGCCCAUUUAUCACUUGAAGCAUGCUCGAACGUUGUCAACCUCGCCGAGCAGUGUCAAGAUGGACCGAUGUCUGCCUUACUCUGGCCUCUGUUCGUCGCUGCUUGCGAAGCUAUCAGCGAUCAAGACAGAGAAUUGGCUUUGAACGCUUUCUGUGGGACGGAGAGGAGACAAGGGAUGAAUAACAUUAUGCGCGCCUGGGAAGUGGUUCAGGAGGUUUGGAGAAAGGCAGAUCUAGGCGAAGAGGUUGGUUGGAGGGAUAUUUGUGGUGAGAGAGGAUUUAAUAUUGUGUUUGGGUAGGUUAAAACGGGGUAAUGUUGGUAAUAGGUUCAGAGGCAGUGAGGAUUUAGGUAAUGUCACUGGGGAAGGUGACAUUGAUGUAUAUACUGUGCAAUCAUAGUGCGCGAGUUAUAUUCCAUUACUAUCUUUG